AUGAACACUCGUAUUCCUGUACGUCAGGUUCUAUGGAUUGUGAGGAGGACUUCCCCAUCUGUUUUCAGUUCACUUCAGUCAGGUAACGACUGGCAGCGUCCGUGCAUACAGUGGAGAUUACUCUGUUCCAAGAGUAGCAACCUGCUGCCAAGCGGAGCCAACAAUGACCUAGCAUCCCUGCAGAGGCCGACAAGUCCAGAGUUGCCCCUCUCCAGUCUACUUGACAUGGGGUUCACGGUCCCACAGGCAGAGGAAAUCUAUCAGUCAUUGUCCAAAGUUAGCGGUGGGAAUGCCUCAAAGCACCGAAUGUCAACACUCAUGGUUCUCUUCAUGUUGGGCCUCAACCCCACCAGCGUGGUGAAGUUAUUGAGUAAAUGUCCUGAACUUUACAAGAUCAGUGAAUCCAUUCUCCAGCAACGUAUCAACAACCUGCGGAAACUCGGUCUAGUUGAAGGCAGCCUCCAGCGGGUGGUUGCGCACUACCCCGCCAUCCUGACCAUGCCCGCAAAGUCGGUCAAACACAUGACGAUGUUCCUCAGGGAAAAGUGUUUGUUUACCGUGCAGCAGGUCACCGAUAUCCUCAGAGACAGUCCGGCCAUCGUGCACGAGGACCAGGCCCAGCUGGAAUAUAAAUUUCAGUACACCUACUUCCGAAUGGGCAUCAAACAAGCACAUAUGGUGAAGCACAGGCUUUUUCGUUCCACACUGGAAGAGUUACGCUGGCGCCACGGUUUCUUGGAGCGCCGCGGCUUGUACCAAACCCCCGACAAGAAGGGGCAGACCUUCAUCGAUAACCCCAAACUGGACAGCAUCAUCAACGUGGACUUGGAAACCUUCCUGACGCAGACGGCAAAAGCGUCAGCCGAGGAGUAUGACGUCUUUCAGAGACUGCUGUCCAGAGAGUGGCAGGAAGAGGAGCGUCACCACGGCGACGACAGUGAGGACGAUGACAGUGAUGAUGAGGAGGAGGAAGAGGAUGACGAGAUGGAAAGCAAGGACAGCUACAGGAAAGGAAGAAGAAAGCAAUCACGGUGA